CAUACGCGAACGCAGUAGAGCAGAGAGAGAGAGAAAGAGAGAGGAGAGGAACGUUGAUCGGCUCUCUCGCUGCUUUGAAGUGUCAACACUAGCAAGCGAGUAUGGGAUCGAUAGCAAAAAAGGGUUUGCAAAAUUACUUGUUUCAGCUUCAGCAUCAUCCCCUCAGAACCAAGGCGAUUACAGCGGGAGUGUUGUCGGCGAUCAGUGAUAUAGUGGCUCAGAAGCUCUCUGGCAUACAGAAACUUCAGCUCAGACGCCUUCUUCUCAAAGUGGUUUUUGGAUUUGCAUAUCUUGGACCAUUUGGGCAUUAUCUUCAUGUAUUGCUGGAUAAACUUUUCAAGGGGAAGAAGGAUACACAAACAGUAGCUAAGAAGGUGGUGCUGGAACAAUUGACAUCUUCCCCUUGGAACAACUUGCUUUUCAUGCUUUACUAUGGGUUGGUUGUUGAGGCAAGGCCAUGGAUCCACGUGAAGUCUAAAGUCAAAAAGGAGUAUCCAACAGUGCAGUAUACAGCGUGGACGUUCUGGCCGGUAGUGGGAUGGGUAAACCACCAGUACAUACCUCUGCAAUUCCGUGUCAUCUUCCACAGCGUGAUUGCAUGUUGCUGGGGAAUAUUUUUGAAUCUACGAGCAGCUAGGUCUGUGACACUACCCAAAGGUGAUUGAAGGGUGGACUAUUGCUCACAGUUAUGUAAUGAGCCAAUUCUAUGUAACUCAGCUUCUGGUUAAGAAGUGUCAUCUUCUUUUAGAUUUAUUAGUAGCAUGUAAACCAGAAGAGAAGAAUAGUUGCUUCUCUGAGAUUUGUUGUCUCUCUGUUUCCCUUUUCAUUUAUGUUGAAUUUACAAAGAUAAUAAGCUAUGCGGCUUUCUGUUAAAUUAUUUAUUUCAACUCAAGGUUUGCUCA